AUGUACGGACUGUUAAUAGAAGGUAUUCGUUUCAUGGUGGAAGAGAACUUCGGUCAUGAAGUUCUCCAGAAGGUCCUUCAACGUACACAUCUGACUGAGCGAGCCAUUUCCACACAUGACCAAUACUCGGAGAAUAUUAUACCCAACAUACUAAAUGCAACUUGCGAAGUAACUGGAAGGUCUCCAGAUGAAGUUGGAGUCUUAGCAGGUCGUUUUUUCGUGAAAUUUCUCAUAAAACAUGGGUAUGGAGAUCUAAUGCAUGUGAUGGGAAGACGUUUUUCCGAUUUCCUUAAAGGGCUAGAUAACAUUCAUGAAUAUUUCCGAUUCAGUUAUCCAAAAAUCCGUCCACCCUCAUUCUACUGUUCUUCCGAAUCAGAAGAUGGAUUGAUUUUACACUACAGAAGUCGAAGACAAGGCUACAUAGCUUAUGUCAUUGGACAACUAGUGGAGCUCGCAAGAAUUUUCUAUCAACAAGAUCUCGGGGUUAAAGUUCUGAAGAAGAAGGAGAAAGGGAAGUUCUCCUUCGUUAUCAUACAACUGUUUUUCAACAACGGUGGAUUACGCUUAGACAAUCGGUUGAAAGAGAAGGUAAAGAACUUGAACGAGUAUCUACCUGUUGACACUGUAUCUUUUCUCAAAAUGUUUCCGUUCUAUAUAGCAUUCAACCGGAAAUUGGAAAUCAUCAUGUGUGGCCAUGGCUUAAUUAACCUGAUGCCGGAAAUACCCGGGCAGAACAUGGUCGAUGUUUUUGAUCUACAAAAGCCUUGCAUCAAGUUCACUGCUGAAGGGUGUUUGGCUCAUGAGAACUGUAACUUCCAACUGGAAUCCUUGCACCCGGUUGUUAAGAGAACUCAAGAAGAGAUCCAAGUUAAAAUAAAUGGAAUCGUCGAAGAUUCUGUGGAACUGACACGACCAAACUCAGAAGCUCUAGAAGGUGAUCUACCCUAUGUAGUCUUGAGAGGUCCUAUCAUAUAUUUGAAAGGCUGUGAAACAUUCCUACUGCUGGCCACUUGUGUUGUUGAUGGGUUAGAUGCUAUGUUCCGGAUGGGAAUCUAUCUCAAUGAUUACGGUGAUGCUGACUGUAACAGAGAGAUUAUCAUGGCUUCUAUCCAAAAGAGUGAUCAUUUGAAAAACUUGUUGCAGAGCGAAAAACAACGUAGUCAGGUCCUUACCGAAAUGACCAGAGAAAUCGCUUUGAAUAAAAAAAAGGCUAGACAGCUUCUGGCUCAAAUGAUGCCAAUAGAGGUUGCUAACACUAUGUUGAAAACAGGGAAAGCCGAAGCUUGCGAAGCAUUCGAAAGUUGUACUAUCGCUUUCAUAAAGAUUGUCGACUUCUCCAACCAAUCACAUGAGCUGACAGCUGUUGAAAUAGUGAACUUACUUAACAGCUUAUACUCAUUGCUGGAUGAAAUAGUGGACAUUCAUGGUGUUUAUAAAGUGGAAACUAUCGGAGAAUCCUAUAUGAUAUCAGUAGGAGUUCCAUACUCGAAUGAUCACGACAGCGAAAUUGUAGCAGAUUGUUGCAUACAUAUGAUCACAAGAAUCCGCGACUCAGAAUUCUAUUUCGGUGAUCGUCGUAAGAAGAUGGUUCAAGUGAAGAUAGGAGCUUAUUCUGGAGCAUGUGUGGGAGGAAUCGUGGGUUUAAGAGCUCCAAGAUACUGCUUGUUUGGAGAUACAGUCAAUUGCGCUAGUCGAAUGGAAAGCCAUAAUAAGACACCUAUGACCAUACAAGUCGGCCAAAAAACCAAAGAUCGUCUUGAGAAGCAGUCACCAUCGAAAUUCAAGGUGAAACAUCGAGGACUCAUCAAUGUCAAAGGCAAAGGGGACAUGAAAGCAUAUGAGAUAGUUGCCAAAAGCGGCAGAUAUCGUUAUACGAAAGUGCCUCCAUUACGUCCAAUUGAUGAUGAUGACGAAGAAAAUGAGUUAAAUGAUAUAUUGGAUAAUGAUACACAUAGGAAUUCAGCAAUGAGUCGAAUGAGUAUUACCUGGGGAGGAGAAUCUAUGGAUCAAUCAAGAGUUGGAUCAUCAAUAUCUAGAAGAACCUCUGAUAGUUCAACUAUUGAAUUGAAUAAUACAAUAGCUCAAACCAUUGCUCAAACGUCCGAUUGUGGUCUUUUUGAAGAAAUCAAUCAUCCGAAAUCGAAUACAGUUGAGAAACGAUUGGAGAAAACAAGAGUUGAGCUAGCGAAGAUGGAGCGGUAUGCUGAAACCGCAAAAGUCGAAUCGAAGCUAAUAAAGCCUAAUGUGAAUGGCAUUCCCAAGAUCGCCGAAAAGGAAAAGGAAAAGGAAGAAAUCAACCUCAGUCUGCAGAACUCUGUUGAUAUUCAAGACGUUAACAAGAAAACAGAUAUCGGAGAUCAAUAUAGCGAAGUUACUCCGCGCCCUACACUCGAUGAAUACAAAGUGUUGGAGAAAAGUAAACUUAUAAAAGAUAAACCCGUUGAGGUGAAGGAGAAGAAUUCCAAUGGGAACGUAGGCCGUGUCCUUCCUGAAAUAAAAUCGAAAAGUGGGACAGUAAAUGCGAAGGAACUGAAGGAAGUCAAGAAGAUAGCUAAUAAUCAGAUAAACUCAAUGAUACCAGAAUUGAAAAUUAAAGAAGUGUUGCCGGCUAUUAACCCCCAAAAUGGCGAUACUUGUGACCAGGAGGAGCAUAAGAGAUGCAAAUGCGAAGAGAUCCGUAUGGACCCGAAGCUGAAAACCAAAGUUUGUUCCAUUCAAUGA